AUGGUGAAAAACACCAACGCCGAGCAAGCCCUCACUGGAGAAGCGUCCAACAGCCGCCAAAAGAGGCAACAACCUCCCUCAACUGUUGAAGCAAACGAACAAGACGAGAGUGGUGGAGGAACUGAGAGUAGAACAGAGGUACGAUCUGGGUCGCUGUUCGAUCUAGAUCUUCUCGAUUGUCCCGUUUGCUUUAAUGCACUGACGACUUCUAUCUUUCAGGUCUUGUUUCUUACCUAUUUUUGCUCUUCAUCACUGCUCCUUCUUGGUUUACUGUAUAUGGAUCACGGAUAUGUCAUUUAA